AAUUGCUCAUACACCAUGCACACCGAUCCUGACUGGUUCACAACAGAACUUAAGCUUCCUUGCUUGCUCCAUUCAUUUUCAAAAAAAAAAAAAAAAUGGCAGGCAAUGAUAUUGAGUAUUCUUCCAUGUCUAUGGAGGUAGAAAGCCAAGACAAGGCCAAUGUCAUUGAACUCUACAAUGCAUUGGCCAAUGGCGACACUCAAAUUGUGGCCGGGCUUCUAGCCAGUGACCUUGAAUGGUGGUUCCAUGGCCCUCCACUAUGCCAACACAUGAUGCGGGUGCUCACUGGGGAGUCGGUCCACACGGAGUUCAAGUUCGAGCCUCGGAGCAUCACUGCCAUUGACGGCUGUGUGAUUGCUGAAGGCUGGGAAGGAGCACAAGCAUACUGGGUUCAUGUGUGGACUCUAAAAAAUGGCCUGAUUACCCAGUUUCGGGAGUAUUUCAACACAUGGCUCACUGUGAGGGAUCUGAGACCUGCGGAGUGGGAGGUCCGGCACGAGAGCCCCACGCUGUGGCAGAGCCAGCCUCGGGACCUUGCCAAACGCUCGCUGCCAGGCCUUCUGCUUGCCAUCUAGAUUGAUGGAACAUUACAUGAAAUAGACCUGCAUGCGAAAGUUGAGGAAGCUGAAACUAUGAUCCAUCAAUCAAAAUGUAAAAUAUUCAUUGUAUUUUGUUGCACGUGGGCUAUCAAAAUUUGAAAUAAAAAAAAAUUAGAAAGGGGUUGUUUUAUAAUGAUUUCUUUGAAAUGGCCUACCGGAGAUAUGGCUGUUUCUGAGAUCACACCAAACACUCUGGUCCAUAUUACACACAAAGCUUGUGUCCUUUUCCAUCCAGCUGCUCUACGCGUGCACACGUCUCUGGCUCUACCUGCUUACACUGGCAGUGAGGGCCAUGUACCUGCAGAGACUCUAGCAAGUAGAGAAAGCAAUGGCAUCUUGGAUAAUGCAGGCAUGGAAUAACCAAUGGAAGGGAAAGGUUCAAAGUUCUACCUGAUGUCAUUAAUGGGUGCUGGUGAGAAUCCUAAGUUCCUAACCCCUGUCAGCCUAAAAGGAAGAAUUAGCAAGGAAAUAGAGUUGUCCCAUAAAACAAAAUCUUAACAAUGGAUCAGGGUAUCACUUCCCUAUAAACUAAUUUGUUAUUAGCA